AUGGAGCUGCUGUCCGGGCACCGCUUCCCUUCCCUGCUGCUUCUACUGCUGCCUCUGCUGGCAGCUGGGCUCCGGGCGCCGGCCGAUGCUCACUCCCUUUGCUACAACAUAACUGUCAAUCCCAAGGCCAGACCCAGACAGCAACGGUGUGAUGUUCAGGUUCACGUGGAUGACAGGAGGAUUCUGCACUGUGACUGCAGCUUCACUCAGAUCAGCUUUUUGACCCCCUUGGGAGGGAAGUGGAUGCCAUUGACAACUGGGCAGAGCAGACAGAAAUGCUGUGAGACGUGGUGGACACCCUCAACCAGCAAGUGGAUCCCAGAUCCCCCGAGCUUGCAGGGCAGGAUGUGCUGCUGGCAUGGAGCCAGCGGCGGCAGGCACGGGUCUUGGCAGUUCAGCUUCGGUGGACAGAUCGGCCUCCUCUUUGACCCAAACGCCAGAAAGUGGACAGAGGUUCAUCCUGGGGCCAGCUGGAAUAAGACGACCUGGGAGAAUGACAGGCAGCUGACUGACAAAUUAAGCAGGGUGUCCAUAGGAGACUGCCCAAGGUGGCUGGGGAAAUUCUUGUUGCCCUGGAAGGUGAUGUCGGAGACUACAGGUAACUAGGGAUGGGGUGGCGGGAAGGGGUGCUCUCUGGAGAUGAGAUGACGCCACCGUAGUGUGUGCAUGCAAGGUGUGGGUGCUGUGUGCAUGUGAGUGUGCUGUACCGGGGUGUGUGUGCAUGCCAGGAUAUGGGUGUGUGUGCAUGUAAGGGUGUGGAUGCUGGUGCGUGUGGUGUGGGAAUGUGGGUGUGUAUGAAUGAGAGUGUGGGUGUGACGAUUUAUGUGUGCUGUGUGAGCCUGUGAGUGUCCUGUGCUGUGUGUGUGCCAGGGUAGGGUGCUGUGUGCAGGUGUGUGUGAGCCUGAGUGUCUGAAAACAUGAUCCAGUGUGAUGUGCCCCUCCCUAUGACAACAGCAGCAUCCACCGCUGUGCCUUCCCUCACACCUCUCCUCCUCCUCCUGCUCAUCUCUUCCUCACGGUGUGUAUUUCAGUCCCCUUACAUGCCCUCCUGCUGGCAUCCACCCGUGCCUGUCGCUGUUUCUAGACCUUCUCCCAUCGCCAUCCCCUCUUCCUAGAAUACCAGUUCUCCCAUUUCUCUGCUCUCUCUCUUUGGUCCUUCAGAACCAUCUCCAGGUCCAGCUCCUGCCCCCCUUCCUGGCCACCACCCAGGAGGGAUGGUCUGCAUGGUCACCCUGGCUUCCUCUCUGGCAGAUCUUUCCCAUCCUCCCUCCGUGCUACUCCAGGACCUGUCACAGCAGCUGCUCAGUAUAGGUGCCAGCUGUGUGCACGGCUGCCUUUAACAGGAGCAGGAGCUGGAAGGCCUCUCCUGGGGUUUGGAGUCUGGAUGGGGGCCUCCAGUCUUCUGCUUCCAUUUCAGCGCGGCCACCCACAACCUUAGGAGUAGUUGCAUCCAAGGCCACGGCCACCAUGCCCAUGCCCUGGGCCUUUCUCCUGCUCCUCACCAGCUCAGUCCUCCUUCUCGUGCAAGGGGAGCCAUUCUGAGUGACAGGUAUGGAGGGCAGCAUUGGGAGGGAAGCAGAGGGCAGAUGGGAUUGGCUGGGAUGAUGGCAGAGGGAAUUCCCCAAGUCCAGUCCUGUCCCCUGGACUGCACUGUCUCAUUCUGGAAAUGAGACGAGGAAAUCAGUCCUCAUGUCCCUCAGUAGCAUUAACUGGGACCAGCUCAGCCCUGAGUUCUAAUGAAUUCUCACUGUCAGGAGCCAGCCUGGUGGAGGGAGGGAGGGGGGCCCUUUCCUACACCAGGUUCAGCAGCUGGUUCAUGGCCUGUGGGUUGAAGAAGGCUUAGCCAGCUCAGGAUUGUGUAGCGCAGAUUCAGGGCCCAGUCACGGGAUAUUGGGGCACAGGAACACAGGCACAGGGUUUGUGGGCAGCAAGCAGCAUGGACGCUCCACUCGAGGAGUCGUUGUCAGAGAUUCCAUCCUCAAAGCAAAGAGGAUGCUGACCCCUUCCCAGGAUGAGGGGUGGGAAGGAUUUUGUAACCCAGCUCCUAAGGCAGAGGGCAGGGCGUUCCUGGUACCAGAGAACCUGUAAAAGGUCUUGGUCCCCCUGCAGGAAGAGAACUCUGGGAUGCUCCAAGGUUAAA